AUGCCAUCGUGCUCUCCGGACUGCUGCCUGUUACAGGCCGUAGAGGUAAGCUCUCAUAGACAUAUUUAACCGCUUUUCCCUUUUUACUCUGAAGUCUGACGAAGGUUCGCUGAGACGAGGGUUAAAGUAUACGCUUUGAAGGUCGAAGAUAUUUUGUCUUUUUUUAAAGAUAUGACGAGCGAGGAGGGAAUAUGUGAGAGGCUCAGAAUGAAUCGAAGCCCGCUUGAAAGGAGAAAUAGUUUUUGAUGUUCUGUUGUAAGGCUUUGAAUUUGUUGAAGCUAUAGCUAGAGAAGGGAAUGAGAAUUUGACUUUUUUAUAAGACAUCAUGUUCAAAGUGAGUGUACUGUAGCCUAAGUGGGAAGGCUAAGGAAGCUAAAUUCCUGCUAAAAUCUCUUUGGGGGAACCAGAGGAAAUAGGAUCUGUGCUCAGAGGGGGAUUUAUCCAUUGUUUCUAUUAAUGCGCUAUAUUCCUCUAUACAGCAUCUUUUUAUACAGCAUAUUUCAGUAUCUUUCUAUACAGUAUCUUGUUCUAUACUGAAUCAUUCUAUACACUCUCCUUCUAUACAGUAUAUACUAUACAUUGUAUCUCUAUACACAAUCUUUCUAUGCAGUAUCUUUGUAUGCAGUAUCUUUCAGUAUCUUUUAUACAGUAUAUUUCCAUACAGUAUUUUCAUGUACAGUAUUUUUCUAUACUGUAUCUUUCAGUGUCUAUACAGUGUAUUUCUAUACUGUGUAUUUCUAUACUGUAUAUUUCUAUACUGUAUAUUUCUAUAUAGUGUCUUUCUCUACAGUAUAUUUCUAUACAGUGUAUUUCUAUACAGUAUCUUUCUAUACAGUAUCUUUGUGCCUAAUUCUGUCAGUGGGUAAUCUCUAUGGAAACAGGUGGUGUGGAUUGAAGGACUAAAACGGUCCCCUUAGUAUUUAAGCUUGAAGUAUGAUUCUGAUGAGUGUCACAUUUAUGUUUAUAUAAUCUAUAUUUUCCCACAAACCCCUGUCAUUGAGAAUGUAUUGUAUAUGUCUGGUAUGCUCAUCAAACACGCAUGGUUAUGAAUUAAAGUGAAUUAGCUCUUGGUACUAUAUUGCAAAUGUUGUGCUAUCUAGUUAUACUACUAUGCCUGUCUACGCCUGAACUAUGCAUCUCAUCUAUCUGAAUUAUGUCUGUCUGCCUACGAGGUUGUGUCUGGGAAUAGUUCUAACAUGAAAGGGCCUUUUCUUUUCUCUUUUAGAUUAUAAAAAUUUUCAGCGAGGACGGCAUGGGGAAAGUAGUAGAAAUACCAGCCGACAUGACUGCCAGAGAUCUUUGCCAGCUCCUCGUGUCCAAAAGCCAUUGUGUGGACGACAACAGUUGGGUGCUUGUUGAGCAUCACCCCCUUCUCGGACUAGGUAAGUGGCAACCUUGUGUGCUGGAUGGGUGGGCUGGUGGGCAGGCAGGCUGGCUGGCAGGACAUAGGCUAGCGCCCCCUCCCCCCUUGGCCCUCGCUCUGUGAGAAACCAACAGGAUAAUGAACCUAGAGUCAUCAUAAAUAAUAGAUAGCCUACAUCUAUAGCCUAUAUUUUCUCUUGUAUAUCAUUAUUUUGAUUAACAGUCUUUAGCUGCAUGUCUAUGCCUGCUCCUAGUUUUUAAGUUUCAGAAUCUGGUGUAAAAGUUUGGCUUGGCUGAGGGGGGUGGUGCCAUAGUAAGGCUGGGUGAUGUUAUUGAUCAAGAGAUGAUACCAGUGAAGGUGAUGGAGCUGAUCGCUGAGACUAUGACCUUUCUUGUGUCCCAAAUGGCACCCUAUAUAGUGCACUACUUUUGACCAGAGCCCUGUUAGAGGAAGUUCACUAUGUAGGGAAUAGGGUGCCAUUUGAGACGCAGGAACCCUCCUGACAUCACUCUCCCAAACCUUAGUUUGUUACAGUACCUGAGAAUGGAUAUAUGGUCACUUACAGUUAGAGAUAAGAAUGUACCAUAAUAUGGUAAGAGAUGUCCUUUAUUAUCUAAUUCUGGACCAGGAGUAGCGAUCACUGGAUCAUACAGGUACCUUGCUGUGUCCCUCCCCCCCAUGCUAGUCAACAUGUGUACAGGGACUUUACUUUGGGUUUACACUGUAUCUGAACAGGAUAACGCUAGUUUCACUGAAUGUUAGAUUAGUUUAAAUUAGGUUGUGUAAGUCAAGAUGUGGAACGCUUAAUGUGGCGGCAUUGCAGUGAUUUGUUAGAGUUCUGAGAAGCAGAAUGUUCCAAACUUUAACCCCCUAAGGAACGAGCAAUUAUAAAGCACAUGUUGUGUCUGGGCUUAUAUCUUCAUUAUAACAGAUGGGUAAAAUGAGAGUACUGUAUUUCUGGGAACGUUUAGGUCUAAACACUGAAAUAUAGGCUACACAAUAUGUACGCACAACAGAAAGGGUGACAAUUAUAUGCGUAUUAUUUGCAGUAAUUAUUUAGGUUUUAUGUUGCAUAUGUGAAGAUAGUGUAGUUCAUAUUGAUAUGUGUGUCUGAAAUAUCCAGGUUUUGAAUGUUUUUUUAUGAAUUUGCUUAUAAACGUCAAUUUGCUUUUGAUAUCCUGAGCGCAUUAUAGUCCAAAGGAAGUGGCAUAUUUAUUUAAAACAUCUUUAAACUAAUCACAUUGUAUGACGAUUAGAACACAACAAUAUUACAUAUACGAAGCACAGGCCUCUAAAGCUCUUAAAAUACCGUCACAUGAUCUGUUCUGAUUGGUUUGGUGUCAGCGCUGCCAAAACCGUGUUAAGUGCAGUUGGGAUAGCCAGUAUGACAUCAUCCCUCUACAAUGGCCAAACUCUGGCCUACUCAAUACAGACAAUGGAUGCAUCUCAAAUGGCACUCUUUUCUUAUAGUGCACUACAAGUCAUUAUAUUGCACUAUAAGGUAAUAGCGUGCCAUUUGGGACGCAACCUCAAUUCGUUGUAAAAGUAACCAGGGCUGAUCUGACCUUUAGAAGCCUCCUGAAUGGAGCUAGGGCAGGCUGUCUAUGGUGAGUCCAGUCCACUAGAGGCAAGGCAAGGUCACUCUUCCUAAUUGCUCCUUAAUCUGACCAGGCCUGUCCAGAUGGGCCUUGUUGUAUAAGAAUGACAUCCAGCCAAUUAGAUAUGUUGCUUUCCCAACCUUGCUCCCAAUCCCCUCACUAAGGAGGAAACUGGGAAAGACAGGGAGACACACAGAUCCAAAAUGGAGAUGGGGUCCAUGACUCCCUGGUAUAAAGAAGGCUAAAGCUUCUGUCAUUACUGAGUCAUCUCUUCAGGAUGGGGGAGUCCAGAGGAGAUAGUUGAAAGACAACUGGACAAUCAGUGGGGGUGGAGAGAGAGAGAGAGAGCUAAUGGCCAAUGACACUCCCUCAGCUUCCCCCACAAAGGGUUACAACCUCUACAGGCUUUAAGCUAGUGAGUCAGGGGCUUGACUGACUCAUGGUCAAAGAGGAAGUGACUCACCAAAGAGCCUCAGUAAAGGCAAGGUAGAUGAGAUACUGCACAACAUUGGAUUGGCUCUCAAUCUUUUUAGGAUAUAAGCGGACUGGAAUCCAACCAGGUUGCAACAUCAAUAUGAAACUACACACAUAGUUUCUGAAAACUUCCACAUUGUCUGUUUCCUCUUUCUCUUCCUCUGAAUGAAUUCAAGAGAGCCUGGGCCCUUCCUCCCCAGUCCCCAGUGUCUCCUUUCCUGCUGCCAAAAUCUAUUUAGGAAUCCUGAUUCCACAGUUGGAUGUGAAACAUGUGUUCCUGCAUGGAGAGCAGGGGCCAGGCAGGGUCAGUGGUCCAGGCAGACAGCAGGGCCUGUAGAGCAUAGCAGCAUAGCCCCACUAAUUGUUUGAGAGAGGGGGGAGUGAAUGUAUGCUCAAGACAUCGACAGGAUGGGGGAGAGGAAUAUAGCAGGGUUGGGGUCAAUUCAGAAAGUAAACCAAAUUCCAAUUCCAAAUGUUCCUCAUUGAAAAGCAUUGAAGAGAAUUGGGAUUGGAAUUUCUGUGUACUUUCUGAAUUGACUGGAAUUGAAAUGGAAUUGACCCCAACCCUGGAAUAUAGUGAGAACAUGCUGAUUUGUCUGCAAGUUUGGGAUAAGGGUGUGGGGUGGAGGGUGGGGGGGGGGGUCAUAGGCUGAACUGCUUGUUCUUUCAUCAUUUGCUCUAUUUACCCUAUGUUCAGGACAUGAAAAUUAUUACAAAUGUUGUUCUUUUUCUUGUUAAAGACAUGUGAUAUUGUGUCCUUCCAUUUGGUAACUAGCUCCUUCUUUCUCUCUCUCUCUCUACAGAGAGGUGCUUGGAGGACCAUGAGCUGGUGGUACAAGUGCAGGCGUCCAUGACCAGCGAGGGCAGAUUUCUGUUCAGGAAGAACUAUGCCAAAUAUGAAUUCUUCAGAAAUCCCUUGGUAGGUUGUUUUUUUGUUUGUUUAUUUCCAAAGAAUCCCAGCGUUUUUGCUUGUCCUAUUUAUAUUAUCUACAUGUGUAAACAGUUACAACAAGCUAAACAGCCUGGAUGUUCUUUUUCGUUUACAAGCUAUGCAUUUCUUAAAUGAGUGGUAAAUGUUUGGUUGGGCUUGUUAAGUUUAGAAUAUUACCCAGAAAAAUCCUAGUACACCCUCACAAUCAAGUGGGCCUCAUCUUUCACUCACACUCAUAAAAAUAAACAGAUUGUCCCCUUCUGAUAAUACUGUUAGACUGUUGGAUAUAACUGUCCAGGACUCAGAAAUGCUAAACCAUGGUCCAGGAAACUGGCCCUAAACGUACUUAUUUCAGAAACAGUUUGAAACUAGUUUGAAAAGCUAUGAGAAAAAUGUUAUUGUUGAAGGUUUUUCUUCAUUUUAAUUUGGGACAGGGGAUUAAUUUAAUGUCUCUUGGCGUUCCACCUCCAUCCUUCUGAGUUUCCUUUUACCCACAACCUCCUCGCUAAACGACUGCUUUCCUCUCUCACUUACCAACAGAAUUUCUUUCCCGAGCAUAUGAUUGCGUGGUGCCAGGAAACAAAUGGUGCAAUCCCACCAUCUCAACUUUUACAGGUAUGUACCGUAGAACCGUAAAGACUCCACUACCUUAGCAUACUGCAUACUUCAGUCUCUGUUGUGUGCUGUAUGUCUGAUCUCCUUCAAAAGUCUGACCUUUGACCUCCUUGUGCAUGUCUUGUCAGAGAACAGACUGUAACACUUGAUGUUCUGUUGACAUACGAGUGUCUCUGCACACGCAGGCCAGGCGUGCCUAACAGAAGGACAAACAGACAGACAGACAGACAUUACAGCUUCUGAAAGGAAGCAACUGUGAGGGGAGAGUAAAGGAACGUACUGAAUGUUAUAGCACAGCACGUCAGGCCAUCAUCCUCCCAUCCUGUGCCAGGCAGCACAGCGUAGAUGCAUGGUGUCUUUAAAGACCUGAGGCUCUAAUGGAAUGAAGUUUACAUGUUCAGCCUGCAGAUGUAGUAGUGUGACAAAGCGUCAUUAAAGGGCCAUGACUGGAAUCCAUCCACUAUGGCAGAAAGCUUUUAAAAUGAUAACAUCCCUGACAUGGUCAGAUUGAAGGAGCCGGCUGGGGGAGGUUCCAGGAAUCCAGUGAAGGCAGAUCAUAAACAGUGGAUCUUUUCGCUUAAAGGCCAUUUCCUGGUUGCAAAAAUUCUAAUAGUUAGCCUACUUUCAGUUUAUGUGUAGAGAAUCAUUGUACCAUCUAAACCGCUGUGAAAUAUAUUUUCCAUAACCCAAAAUAUUGUAUUUUCAGCUGUUUGAAGCUGGUGUACAAAGCCGAAAGUAAAAGAUGCAAAAGCGAAACUUAAGAACAGGAAGCAUAGAAAUAGCGCUUAUAAAACACAUCUACUGCUUUUUAGACUUGAGAAUGACAGAUCUAUAACACACUUUCUAUGUGAAUUUGGUCGCCAAAAAGUUACAUAUUGCAGCUUUAGUUAGUAUCUUGUCAGGUCAGGAGACAGUGUCUGAAUGUGGCAGAGAGAGUGCUGUAUUAGGGCUGGUACUGUAAAAAAGAGCAGGGCAUGUUAAAACUAGUUGGUGCUUAUCUUAUCGCCCCAGUCAGUUCUUGGAACAACUUGCUGUCAGAAUCAGAACUCCUUUUUGAAUGGUCUAUAUAGUGUGCAUGUGUCUUGGUUGAUACUGUUACGUAAGACAGAACAUCUGUCUGAACAUUUCUCUCCCAUGUUUAAGGUGGAUCAUAAAAAUUGGUAUCACAAGAAUGCUAAGAUUGUUCGUUAUAUAAAUGUUUGUUUUCUGGCUAGGAAGGAACGGGUGUUUUUUUUUUCUUCUCCGAGCCCCAUAAAAAUGAUGAUAUUUUAUUAUGAUAGCUGUGUGCUAAAGCCGCCAUCUCUCUCUCUCUCUCUCCUUCUCUCAGAAUUUAUUGAACUCCAGCAGUUGUCCUGAGAUCCAGGGCUUUUUAUACGUGAAAGAGAUGGGCAGGAAAUCCUGGAAGAAGCUGUAUGUGUUCCUUAGACGCUCAGGACUUUACUUUUCUACGAAAGGAACGUCAAAGGUACAUGGCCAACUCUCUUCUACUGUAUGCUUAGUACACUAACUAUGUUAGUAUUAGGCUUGUAUUACUGAAUCCUUGAGCCAAUAUCCCACAUUUGAACUGCACUAGUAAUAGCCUACAAAGUCUAAUACUUUAGUUGUUAGUUAAGAGGCUGCUUGCCUCAAUCAUCAGUGUACAUACUUGCUGCUCAGAUUUGCCUGCCUUCUCUAGCUCCCAUACAUCCACACAAGCUGCUAUUGAUUUGAGUGGAGCUCUGCUCUCUGUUACCUCCAGGCUUAGGUUUCUUCGUGAUGAAAUGACAUCGGCUAUUGAUUUAUCCUCCACAGGAGCCCAGGCAUUUACAGUUACUAGCAGACCUGGAGGACAGCAAUGUCUUCACAGUAACAACAGGCAAGAAGCUACACAGUGCGCCAACAGACUACGAGUUCUGUAUAAAGGUACGUUCAAGAGAAAGGAAAACCUCUGCACGCGAGGCAUUGCAAGUUAUUCAGACGCUCAUAUGUUGUCUAUUAUUCCACUGUCUUCUGUGAAGGACUAGCCGUCUCCUAUUACAGUUAUUGAACAGUGUCGUGUCUAGACUGUGUCAGCUUCCCGAAUGAUGCACUAUAUAGGGAAUAGGUUGCCAUUUGGUACGCAUCCUGUAUCUUGCUAAGACAUGCCUGACAAGAGGCAGGCCUCGGUGCAAUUGUGUGGUCUGUGUUGACCCACUUUCUGGCUAUAUAAUAAACAAAAUCCUGUUUUAUUCUGCAACAAGAUCAGGGUUGGGUAGGUUCCUUUCUAAAUGUAAUCCGUUACUAGUUACCUGUCCAAAAUUGUAAUCAGUAACAUAACUUUUGGACACUUUUGGAUUACCCCAACUCAGUAAUGGAAUUUGAUUACUUUCAGUUACUUUUAGAUUACUUUCCCCUAAGAGGCAUUAGAAGAAGAAAAAACAUUAUAUUACCAAUUGAACAACAUCUAUUGCAGAAUAAAUCAAUGUUAGAGGUUACAUAGCUGGCCAUAAAUGGAUGUUGCAUUUUACUUUAUGGGUUUGUUAUGUUGGCUUCUUCUAACCCAUUCUUUUUACUUUUAUACAUAUAAUAAUACGAUUAGGUUACAGUAUUUACAGUCAUUCCAAUUAAUUUAUUACCCCUUGAUAUUCAAGAAUAGGACCUGGAAAUAGGCAAAUUGUUUUACCUGAGUACAACCCAAAAACGAAGGACUUAUUAGCCUACUCUGUUGUUUAUGAUUUUGUUGUCAUGAAGGACUGAUUGGGCUCAUUGCUUCGAGUUGAAAAAUAAAUGCUGCUCUCAUGGAAUGGCAUGCUUUGAGCACUACCGAUAAGUGCUAUUUGCAUAUGAAAAAUGUAUGCCAUAAGCUGCAUUUGCUAUAGGCCUAUUGUUUAAAUUUUUGUUGGUGACACUUUAGUAUCUUGAUCAUUUGCAGCUGUUUAAGUCUAUCAAAAGUGUGCGCAUUUGAGCAUUUAUCCGUUAGGCCCAUGGACAUUUUGAAUCAGCACAAAUUAGAUUGAGCAAUAAAAGCCCCACUCGUGGUCUUCUUAAAUGAAACUUGUUUUUGACGGUAUGGAGCACAAUGCCACAGAGGAGUUUAGAAGGAAGGAAUUGAAACGUUCAUUCCAUAGGCUGGGAUCCACACUAUGCAGCUGUUGAGGGAGUGCAUUUUUUAACUCGCAGUCCACUGGUUGCAAAAACAAUGAUUGAUAGGCAGCUUUAACUUCGUCAAUUCAACCAUUAUUGGGUUAAAAUACACAUAUACAUAUGUAAACAGCCAUCCACAACAACCACAAUAACUACGCAAAUAACUAAAUGACAGAGCAGCAGUGUGAUUCACAUCAAUGCACUAUGUACAGUUGAAGUCGGAAGUUUACAUACACCUUAGCCAAAUACAUUUAAACUCAGUUUUUCACAAUUCCUGACAUUUAAUCCUAGUAAAAAGUCCCUGUCUUAGGUCAGUUAGGAUCACCACUUUAUUUUAAGAAUGUGAAAUGUCAGAAUAAUAGUAGAGAGAAUGAUUUAUUUCAGCUUCUAUUUCUUUCAUCACAUUCCCAGUGGGUCAGACGUUUACAUACACUCAAUUAGUAUUUGGUAGCAUUGCCUUUAAAUUGUUUAACUUGGGUCAAACGUUUCGGGUAGCCUUCCAAAAGCUUCCCACAAUAAGUUGGGUGAAUUUUGGCCCAUUCCUCCUGACAGAGCUGGUGUAUCUGAGUCAGGUUUGUAGGCCUCCUUGCUCGCACACGCCUUUUCAGUUCUGCCCACACAUUUUCUAUAGGAUUGAGGUCAGGGCUUUGUGAUGGCCACUCCAAUACCUUGACUUUGUUGUCCUUAAGCCAUUUUGCCACAACUUUGGAAGUAUGCUUGGGGUCAUUGUCCAUUUGAAAGACCCAUUUGCGACCAAGCUUUAACUUCCUGACUGAUGUCUUGAGAUGUUGCUUCAAUAUAUCCACAUACUUUUUCUUCCUCAUGAUGCCAUCUAUUUUGUGAAGUGCACCAGUCCCUCCUGCAGCAAAGCACCCCCACUGCAUGAUGCUGCCACCCCCGUGCUUUACGGUUGGGAUGGUGUUCUUCGGCUUGCAAGCGUUCCCCUUUUUCCUCCAAACAUAACAAUGGUCAUUAUGGCCAAACAGUUCUAUUUUUGUUUCAUCAGACCAGAGGACAUUUCUCCAAAAAGUAAGAUCUUUGUCCCCAUGUACAGUUGCAAACCGUAGUCUGCCUUUUUUAUGGUGGUUUUGGAGCAGUGGCUUCUUCCUUGCUGAGCAGCCUUUCAGGUUAUGUCGAUAUAGGACUCAUUUUACUGUGGAUAUAGAUACUUCUGUACCUGUUUCCUCCAGCAUUUUCACAAGGUCCUUUGCUGUUGUUCUGGGAUUGAUUUGAACUUUUCGCACCAAAGUACGUUCAUCUCUAGGAGACAGAACGCAUCUCCUUCCUGAGCGGUAUGACGGCUGCGUGGUCCCAUGGUGUUUAUACUUGCGUACUAUUGUUUGUACAGAUGAACGUGGUACCUUCAGGCGUUUGGAAAUUGCUCCCAAUGAUGAACCAGCCUUGUGGAGGUCUACAAUAUUUUUUCGAAGGUCUUGGCUGAUUUAUUUUGAUUUUCCCAUGAUGUCAAGCAAAGAGGCACUGAGUUUGAAGGUAGUUCUUGAAAUACAUCCACAGGUACACCUCCAAUUGACUAAAAUGAUGUCAAUUAGCCUAUCAGAAGCUUCUAAAGCCAUUACAUAAUUUUCUGGAAUUUUCCGAGCUGUUUAAAUGCACAGUCAACUUAGUGUAUGUAAACUUCUGACCCACUGGAAUUGUGAUACAGUGAAUUAUAAGUGAAAUAAUCUGUCUGUAAACAAUUAUUGGAAAAAUUACUUGUGUCAUGCACAAAGUAGAUGUCCUAACCGACUUGCCAAAACUAUAGUUUGUUAACAAGAAAUGUGUGGAGUGGUUGAAAAACAAGUUUUAAUGACUCCAACCUAAGUGUAUGUAAACUUCCGACUUCAACAGUAGAUAUCAAUAAUAAGUGAUAUCCGUAUCGCCCGUAGGCUACACCACUGCUGUCAUCCUUACCGCCAAGCGUUUAUUCAAGUUGGAAUAAUCUUUGGAUGCCGACAGCAGUCACAUCAUUGGAAGACUUAGCUUGGACUGUAGCCUACAAAAGCCUAUUCCUGCUCUUUUCCCACAAUCUAUCUAAUGCAUUUGAUGUCGUCAUAGUGGUCUCUGACCUGAGGUCUGACUUGCUCAGGCGGAAAAACUUAAACUUGUGCCUUUUUCAACGCUGAUUUUGAAUGUCAUUGAGAAAACAGAAAGGUGUCAUAAAGAAUUUCUGAAUUUUUAAGUAAUCCUAGAAGUAAUCAUUUAGUUUUUCAAAAGUAUCUGUAAUCUGAUUACAAUAUAUUUGCAGGUAACAUAAUGGAUUACAGUUCCAGUUAGUUUUUUUACUCGCCAACCCUGAACAAGAUCCACUAUCAUCUCAUGGGAUAUGUCACAGUGUACGAGGGAGGAGGGUUUUAGUACAACCAUACUGUCUGAAUGGUUGUUUCUAAUUAUGUGUUUGUUCGGUCUCUUUAAUUGGUUGUUGUGUGUUGAUUGACAGCCCAACAAGAGGACUGAGCUUAAGGAGUUGAGGAUGUUGUGUACUGAAGACGAACAGAGCAGAACUUCCUGGAUGACAGCCUUCAGACUCUUCAAGGUACCAACGCUAUUUACAUUUACAUUUUAGUCAUUUAGCAGACGCUCUUAUCCAGAGCGACUUACAGUUAGUGAAUACAUAUUUUUUUUUAUACUGGCCCCCCGUGGGAAUCGAACCCACAACCCUGGCGUUGCAAACGCCAUGCUCUAUCAACUGAGCUACAUCCCUGCCGGCCAUUCCCUCCCCUACCCUGGACGACGCUUGGGCCAAUUGUGCGCCGCCCAUGAGUCUCCCGGUCGCGGCCGGCGGCGACAGAGCCUGGAUUCGAACCAGGAUCUCUAGUGGCACAGUUAGCACUGCGAUGUAGUGCCUUAGACCACUGCGCCACUCAGGAGUACUCAUGGCUAUGGCAACAAGCCCUCAAUACACUGUAAAGUAGUGCCUCGGUUAUACCAGAAGGGUGUAUUAGAUGCAAGUUCAGUUCAAACGGGUUGUUGUGAGAGUCAGUUAUACCAUGCUAAUUUUAAUACUAUAUAUCUUUAUGAACUUUAUGAAUAUUUUGGAAGGUUAGCUAUUGGUUGACUUAACCCUUCAUUUGUGGAUAUUCUCCUUAUUCUUCACAGUAUGGAAUAGUCCUCUAUCAGAACUACAAGAUUCCUCAGCAGAGAAAAACUCUGUCACACUUUUCAACACCAGUGGUAAGCCUCUCCUUUUAGCACCUUACAGCCACCAUGCCAGCCAAACUGUUGUUAACAUCCAGACUCGGUUGUCUUUCCUUGAUUCUUUGUGUCCUCUAUUUCUGUGAUUCGAACCAGCAAACUUUCGGUUACUGGCCCAACACUCUUAACCGCUAGGUUACCUGUCCAGUGCAUUUUGAGAAGGAAGUGAGGAGAGAGGAGGACUUAACGACACUUAAGAAAGAGCCCUAGUACUGUAACAGGAAGUGUAUUGACAUUGACAAUGCUUUGUCUCCCCCUAGCGGAGUGUGUCGGAGAAUUCUCUGGUGGCCAUGGAUUUCUCAGGAAGGAUAGGCAGGGUGAUCGACAAUCCUUUGGAGGCCCAGAGCGCUGCCAUGGAGGAGGGCAAUGCCUGGAGGGUGAGUCUCUUUCUACAACGUUACUACAACCUUACUACAAUGUUACUACUACAAUGGUUCUACAACAAUAAUACAACCUUACUACAACGUAACUACAUUACAACAAUGUUACUACAACGUGACCACAACGCAACUACAACGUUAUUAAGAUAUUACAAUGCUUAUAUGACCUUAAAUGGUCAGAAAGAAAACUUACUGCUGAAACGUUGGUGAUUUGUUAAUAAUCGGUUGUAUCAGAGCAAGAGUGCAACAACUUUUCUUUGAGUCAUGCUUGUCACAAAGCUAUCACACUAUCCGUCUCGCAGCUGUGCCAAUGGAGUAAGAACCAUUAUUAUUAACCAUUUUAUUAACAAAGUAAUCCUUGUUUGUUUGUUCUGUAUCACAGAAGAGAAGUCAACGGAUGAACAUUCUAGGGAGUCCCAGUCCACUACAUCACUGUUUAUUAAGCUCAGGUAAUUCAACAACAUAAGUUCUCACAAUUGCUUUGUUAUUUGAGUUGGCUACAUUCUGUGUAGAUAAAGCCUUGUUCCUGUCCUAAAGCUCUCCUUUCCUCUUCCACGUCCAGUUAUUCACAGAACACAGCUGUGGUUCCAUGGGCGGAUAACGCGAGAAGAGUCCCAUCGGAUGAUCCACCAACAAGGCCAGGUGGACGGGUAAGACUCCUCAGUCGCUCCUCAGUCUCUGCAACCACACAGCCAACCUAUUAUUUCAUUUGGAGUUAUUUGAUUAUUAAAGUGUCUUGCAUCUUCAGAAUGCCCAGCCCACAUUCCAAUAUAUGUUGGAUUUAAAUUUGUAAUGACAGAUGUUGGAAGUUUUGACCAAAGACUGAUUUUCAUCCCUUUUUUGCUCAGGUUGUUUCUGUUGAGGGACAGUCAAAGCAACCCAAAGGCGUUUGUUCUCACACUGUGCCAUCACCAGAAAAUCAAGCAUUUCCAGAUCUUACCGGUAAGUGAGCUUAACCUUGCCUCUGGGCUUCUUCUCUCUUUGACCUCCCCCUCUCUCUCACGUCUACAGGCACACUAGAAAACCAAGUGAAGCAGCUAACAAUUUUAUGGAGUAAAGUAACUUUAGUUGUUCAUUACUUCCUCUUGUUCUCACCUGACUGUUGUCUCUAUGGUCCGUCCUGCAGUGUGAAGAGGACGGCCAGAUCUUCUUCAGCCUUGACGACGGGUCCACCAAAUUCACCGACCUGAUCCAGCUGGUGGAGUUCUACCAGCUCAACAGAGGAGUACUGCCUUGUAAACUCAAGCACCCCUGCACCCUCGUAGCCUUAUGACCCCUGACCUAUGACUUGACCGGACUCUGCCUAAAAACAAACUCAAUACUUUUUCUUUAGGAAAGGCUGAUGUGAUGAACUCAUAUUGUUGUUGUUGUGUCAUGAGCUGCCGGCGACUGCGGACGGAACGGGACGGAGUGGUUGUUGGGUUAGGAUGGACGCUAGUGUACUUCAGUGACCUCUGUGUUCCGGAAGGAAGGAGGAGAUAAAGAAGCAUAAAGAUGCACCAUGUUGUUAUUAACUCUUAAAAAAAAAAAAAACAUUUUCAAGUUUGUAUUCAUAGUCACCAAUAAGCUCUGAUCCACUGACACAGUUUAGUGACAGUUUAUGAGAUCAAAGUAGUUUUUAUUUUCCUUGUACAAUCAUCAGGACUUUGUUUAGUCUGGGCCACUUUUUUACAAAAUGAAAGUAUUUUUUUGUUACAAAUCAUCUAUACUACAACCUCUUUUUGAAAAGCUGAUUGUUUCCUAGUUUGGCACUUGUGAAACUGGAAACAGGCCUUUCCACACUGACUGAAGAAGAAUUCCUCUACUCUCUCAUUCUUCUCAUUACCAACAAUGGCAAAUCCCUCCUGUGUUGGAGGGAUGGAUGGACAAUCUGAUAUUCGGAAAAAGAACAUCACGAGACAGAUCACGAGGCCAGCUGUCUCUGUCAAGCUGUAGGAAGGAAAGGCUGGAGCUGGUAAUUUAGGAUGGAGCUGAAGGAUACUCAAGGACUACACAGGAUCCAUUCAUUCCACUCUCAUAGGACUUUUCUUCAUUUCUUUCUUUCUUUCUUCAUUUCUUUCUUACUUUCUUUGGUGACCUCACAGGCUUUUUGUAUUCAUGCCAUUUUAGUACAGCAUCAUCAAAUGUGUUCUUACUCCACUUUAGUUUCUUAUCAGUAGUCUGGAGCAUUUUGAUUUCUAACAGUCACACAACAACAACACUACAUCCAGUUCAGUGUUAAAUCACUCCGUCAUUAGCUCCACCAUACAGUGUUCCACAUAUAACCACAUGAACCUCCCCCCAACAUAUUCACUACUACAGGGAUUCAUUCACUCCCCAUCUCAUCCACUCAUUUAAGUCCACAUAGUAGAUAGCUGUUGAGGUCCACGCUGCGAGCCUAGUCCUAUACUGUGUGCUAUAACCAACCCUUCUAUUGUUGGCUACAGUACGUAUUCAGUAUGGCACCAGGCUACCAUGCUGCUCCUCAAGUGAUAACAAGCAACAUAACAGCUAAGGAACGCUCUGGUCUUGGGUCUCUCUUGGUGUCAACGCAAUAAUAAAGCUUUGCCCACUGACAAAGAAAUGAUCAGUCUAUAAUUUUAAUGGUAGGUUUAUUUGAACAGUGAGAGACAGAAUAACAACAAAAAAAUCCAGAAAAACGCAUGUCACAAUGUUAUAAAUUGAUUUGCAUUUUAAUGAGGGAAAUAAGUAUUUGACCCCUCUGCAAAACAUGACUUAGUACUUGGUGGCAAAACCCUUGUUGGCAAUCACAGAGGUCAGACGUUUCUUGUAGUUGGCCACCAUGUUUACACACAUCUCAGGAGGGAUUUUGUCCCACUCCUCAUUGCAGAUCUUCUCCAAGUCAUUAAGGUUUCAAGCCUGACGUUUGGCAACUCGAACCUUCAGCUCCCUCCACAGAUUUUCUAUGGGAUUAAGGUCUGGAGACUGGCUAGGCCACUCCAGGACCUUAAUGUGCUUCUUCUUGAGCCACUCCUUUGUUGCCUUGGCCGUGUGUUUUGGGUCAUUGUCAUGCUGGAAUACCCAUCCACGACCCAUUUUCAAUGCCCUGACUGAGGGAAGGAGGUUCUCACCCAAGAUUUGACGGUACAUGGCCCCGUCCAUCGUCCCUUUGUUGCGGUGAAGUUGUCCUGUCUCCUUAGCAGAAAAACACCCCCAAAGCAUAAUGUUUCCACCUCCAUGUUUGACGGUGGGGAUGGUGUUCUUGGGGUCAUAGGCAGCAUUCCUCCUCCUCCAAACACAGCGAGUUGAGUUGAUGCCAAAGAGCUCCAUUUUGGUCUCAUCUGACCACAACACUUUCACCCAGUUCUCCUCUGAAUCAUUCAGAUGUUCAUUGGCAAACUUCAGACGGGCAUGUAUAUGUGCUUUCUUGAGCAGGGGGACCUUGCGGGCGCUGCAGGAUUUCAGUCCUUCACGGCGUAGUGUGUUACCAAUUGUUUUCUUGGUGACUAUGGUCGCAGCUGCCUUGAGAUCAUUGACAAGAUCCUCCCAUGUAGUUCUGGGCUGAUUCCUCACCGUUCUCAUGAUCAUUGCAACUCCACGAGGUGAGAUCUUGCAUGGAGCCCCAUGCCGAGAGAGAUUGACAGUUCUUUUGUGUUUCUUCCAUUUGCGAAUAAUCGCACCAACUGUUGUCACCUUCUCACCAAGCUGCUUGGCGAUGGUCUUGUAUCCCAUUCCAGCCUUGUGUAGGUCUACAAUCUUGUCCCUGACAUCCUUGGAGAGCUCUUUGGUCUUGGCCAUGGUGGAGAGUUUGGAAUCUGAUUGAUUGAUUGCUUCUGUGGACAGGUGUCUUUUAUACAGGUAACAAGCUGAGAUUAGGAGCACUCCCUUUAAGAGUGUGCUCCUAAUCUCAGCUCGUUACCUGUAUAAAAGACACCUGGGAGCCAGAAAUCUUUCUGAUUGAGAGGGGGUCAAAUACUUAUUUCCCUCAUUAAAAUGCAAAUCAAUUUAUACAAUUUUUGACAUGCGUUUUUCUUGAUUUUGUUGUUGUUAUUCUGUCUCUCACUGUUCAAAUAAACCUACCAUUAAAAUUAUAGACUGAUAAUUUCUUUGUCAAAACAUUGUAAGCAUGUGGCCAUCUUGUGGACUGUAAUUCGAUGUUGUAAGCUCUCUGAAGACAUAGUUAUGAUUAUAUGACCAGAAGUAAAACCUAACUUAGGCCACUGGGGAGGGAGGGUGCCACAGUUUUCUUUUAAACCUACCUGUUUGCAUUCCCUCCAUCAGAACACAGGGAAAUAUAACCACUACACCAACCUCUUGUGAUUCACUAGAGUGAUCUGACUAGCUCAGAGUUGAUGUGUACAGUCCAAUGUCAGUCUGUCUGUUGUGCUGUCUGUAGAAUGAAACUGGAAUCAAUCGACUCAUCUGCUGCGAGGACCAAUCUCCUUAAUCCAAGGAUGCGUCCCAAAUGGCACUGUAUUCCCUACAUAGUGCAUUACUUUUGACUAGGUCCCAUAAGGCUUUGGUCAAAAG